AAAUCCAUCGCAAACCAUACAUUUCGGCGGUUUGAGGGUGAAGAGAGGAGCUUUAAGGAUAAGUGCCAUUUACACGUAGAGUUGUAUCUCAACGCUUAGUCUGUUAGGUGUGAAAAAUUGUUUUUAUCGAAACGGUGUGGCCAUAAAUUAGCUCAAUUAUUUCACUACUGGCCCUACCCAAUCGCCAAUUCUAUGCGAUGUCGUUUUUAAACGGGGGACCCAGGAUAUAAAGCGAGGACAUCUUUGAUUUUUUCAAGAUUUUGCGGAGGACUUGCUUGAAAUAAUUUCCAUUCUGUCUAGGAAUUUACUUAAAAAAAAAAAAUGGAAGCACCUGUUAAUGAUUCAAAGAUUAUAGUCCCUUUUGUGCCAUCACUUUUGCACUUCUCAUUGGUAAAAGUAGCUUUUCCAUUGUUCAAAAGCUUUGAUAAUGCAACUUGGUGUAUCAUCAUGGAAGAAAUGAAGCGCUCAAGUUCUGCAGAAUUUAAUGAAGCUAGGUCUGAAAAUCCUAAGGUAAACAAAGCAAAGGAAAAUUUACUUCACAUUCCUUCACAUUUAAGACUCGGAAUAUUAGAAACAAUUAUGGGCUUGCAUUCUGCUGUCGCACAAUGGCGUAUGAACCAUCCACUUUCAGAUGAUUUUCCUGAACUUCUUUUCUUUAAAACUGAUGGAACAGUUGAUAGAAUUAAGACAGUUCAGCAAUUGGUUCUGAAUGAAGAUAUAAAUAUCGAACGGAGGUUUGAUUUGGCUUGCUCCUAUUUCUUGGGCAAUACUAUACACACUUUGUGGGCAGAAAUGAAGAGAUCUGGUAAGGCAGCCAAAUCUUUGACAGCUUAUAAUCCUGUUUCACGUUUUUGGGUUAGAAGGAUGCGUCGUAAAUAUCGGGUUCCGUGGAUAUAUGCCGUUCAAUUACAACUUGACCUUCCUGAUGAAUUUUUGAGUAGUCCGACACCAAGAUUCAGUGCUUUCUUUCCUUUCUUGCGGCCAAAAGCCAGGGAGAGGUUUCUUAUCUCUUUAAUGAAGACCACACCAGAUGAUUUCCUGUUAUGUCUGUAUGGAGCAACUAAAGAAGAAGAAUUGCAAAUAUUGGAAAUGGAUACUCCAAAACUCCUUUGUCUCUAUUUGGAUUGGCCACUGCAAAGUUUCUUCCUUGAAAUAGUAGAAAAAUUGUGGAAUUUUAUUGAUUCUUCUCUUUUUAAAGCAGUACUAGAGAUUAUUUACUCAUACAGUAUGAGCAGGAAGGAUUUUGAUUAUGACAAACUUUAUAUGGACUUUUGGGAAAGAAGCCCUAAUAACUUAAAGGAAGAAGCAAAGGCGUGCCCACUUUUCGGCAACAAACUUAAAUUGUAUUACGAUUCAAUUAGAAAGAAGCAAAAAGGUGAAUUUUAUAAACUGACAGGUCCAAACAGGAAAAGAUAUGAAUUACCUCCUGAUCUCGAGCAUGCAAUAAAUGUGUCAGUAGACUGCUUUCUUGCCAACAUGUUUGUUUAUCUCUUUGAUUUAGAUGAACCAGCGAUAUAAGAUUAUCACCUUCUCAAAAAAUGCUAUACAAAUUUUUGAAUUGCAUAUGAAAAAAUACCUUCAUUUUCCAAAACAUUAAAAUGUCAUCUACACCAUUACAACUUGAAGCUACAUUUUUUUUGUUAAGUGUUCAAAGAGUUUUUGGAUUGACUAUCUUUUCCUACAAUGUCAGAAAUGUUUUACCUUAUAUUUAACGUAUCAUUUUUUAUUCUAUCUCACUAAAAAGUGUGAUAAUAGUUUAAAAGUACUAUUUGGUUUUAAAAUAUUAUCGUAAGUGAGUAGAAUUUCAUUAUGUUUUCAAUUUCAUGAUAGUAGGCUGUCACAAUAUUACUUUGUAGACAUGACCACAUAUGAUACUAACAUUACUGAUUUCUGUCAGCAUUGGAGUUUGUGUUAAGCAUCUCUCUGUCCAUUUCAUUGUAACAAUUCCUUCAUUUUGUGAAAAUUAAAAAUCAGAUUAAGAAAAAUAAAUAUCUAAAAGUUAUAUUUGAAAUAUCUUUUGGCUUGUCUUGUCUAAGGCAGUGUUUAUGGUACUUGGUUUUUAAAAAAUGAAAGAUAUUAAUUAUGCAUUUCAAUAAAUAAUAAUAUAUUUUAAUUCUUGAAAUUUAUAAAAUUUCACCUUCACAUCAAUUUAGUAAUUUACUAUCUCAUUCACUAUUUAUUUUAUGGCUAGAGAUAAUUAUUUAUAUCGCAAAGAAUUUUGAAUGAUUUUCAAUAUAAAUUAUGCUACAUGAUUCUUAUCUUCUCUGCGAAGAAAUGCUCAGCUUCUUAUUACAGAUAAAAUAUUUCCUUUAUGCAUUUUAAUAAAAAUUGUAUGGAUGAAGCUGGAUUCAAUUUAAUUCAAUAAAACAUAAUUCUACAUGUAGGUUUUAUUCUAAAAUAAUAUUUCAUUUUUUUUUAUUAUUGGCUUUUUUGAUAUAAUUAUGUUGAUGUCUUAAAUAGUUUUUUUAUGCUGUAAUUUUUAAAAUUUUGAAGAAAUGUAUGAGUUUUUUUAAAUUUCAAAUGGGAUAUACAUUUAUAAGCUCAAUUGAUUACUGGUUUUAUGUAAAUGUUCAUUGUAAUAUUUUUUAAGAAAAUAAAAUUUUAAUAUAUUAAAAAUAUAUUUAUCUAUAUAGUACUAAGCAAUUCUUUUUACUGAGGCAGUACAGAGGUUUCACUCUCGUAAGUAUUUGAAGCAACUCAUUUAACUGAACUGUGGUGACCUAAGAUAAGGUCCCAGUUUUCAGAUCCUAAAGUUUCAAGUUUGAAAUCCUGUUCUAAAGAAUUACCUGAAAAAAGGUGUGAUGUAUGUAAAUCCAUUGGACACAGAUGUUUUGCUAAUGUGGCAUGAAAAUUUGGAGAAUGGAUCCUGGCUCGGAUAACUACCUUGUCAUAUAGCCCUUCUGUUGUGCUCAAUUCCAUUUCUACCCAUAUGCUGCUUAAUUUUGUAAAUAAAUUUAAAAUAACAUGCAUAUUAUUUUGUGUCUUCAUGAAUGUGGUCAGUUUGUUAUUCUGUGAAAUAUACUCGUCUUUUGUUGUGAUUGCUAUAUAAGCCUAUUUGUUUUAAAAAAUAAAAAGUUUACCUACAUUUUGUUUAGGUCUUUUUAGACCCUUAUGUUAAAAUGCACGGAUUUAAAAAGAAAAAGUACAAUUUUCUCAUUUGU